AUGGAAGAGAAAUUGCGGAAUGCCAGUCGAGAGGAAUUGCUGAAUCAUGUGCUCACGCAGCGUCUUCUCAUUCGACAUCUGCAUCGUCGUAUCGUCGAGCUAGAGCGGCUGGUGCCAUUGACGUCUAAUAAUUUGGAUUCUCGGGGGGGAAAUGAGGCAAACUUGUCGCCUCCCGUGCCGCAGCGAGAUCCACCGCCACCAGCGAAAUUGUCUGAAGGGCUUCGGGAAAUUGAUCGCAUCCUGCGAGCACACGCCACAGGCGCGGUGCGUCUUCCACAGGAGGUUGUCGCCGAGUUUCUUUACAUUCAGAAAGAACUUUCCGCCGUGGAAUCAGGUCAAAAUACUGCAGAAUCAACAGAGACGUCUGCUUUGCCCGUAACUUUUUCCUCUGACGCUUUUCUUUUGUCACGAACACCGGUUGUCUCAACUUCUGCUGUGAGUGAUGCAUCUAUCCACAGCACUCCGUAUGGACAGAGGUCUGGUGUUCCUCGGCGUUUUUCUCCACCGAGCUCUCUCAUUCAACGAACCCAAAAGCACCUGUCAAUGCGAGAGAGGAAUGAGUUGCCGUAA